AUGUAUAAUAAUAAUAAUAAUAAUAAUAACACAAAUACACAAAUUAUUCGAAGAAAUAAUAGUGAAGGUGAUGACUAUGUCCAAUUUAAAUCUCAACAAACUAUACAAAGAGAACAAAGUCAACAACAGCAGCAACAACAACAACAUCCGCAAUUGGAUGAGUUAAUUGGAUAUAAACUAUAUUUCCCACCAAAAACAAAUAAAAUUAUUGAAAAUGGUGAUGAAAAAUUAAAUCAAGAGGCAAUACUUGAAAAGAGACAUCAAUUCAUUCAAUUAUCACUUCCACUUUUUAGAGAUGUUUGUAAUGAGACACUUUAUGCACCAGAUGAAAAUAAUACAAUACCAUUAGAUUAUCAAUUAUUAAAAAAUCAAAUUUAUAGAGUAGAAGAUCAAUUUGAAAUUAGAUUAAGAGAUGAUUCAGAAAUGGUAAUUAAUUGUUUAGGUGUUGUAAUUUAUCAAGUAUUAUAUGAAAAUGUUUCAGAGAGUCAAAGACCAAAGAAAAAGAUAAAUAUAAGGAUAUUUCAUUUUGAACCAUUAUUACAAUUAAAGAAAUUGAAAGCAAAUCUUAUUGAUAAAUUUGUUUCAUUAAAAGGUACUGUAAUUCGUGUUGGUAAUGUUAAACCAUUGGUAACUCAAAUGCAAUUCAUUUGUAAUAAAUGUUCAACACGUACACCAACACAAUAUUUUACAGAGGGAAAAGUUACAUUUCCUUCAAAUUGUUUAAAUCAUGGUUGUAGAGGUAAAAUAUUCGAACCGGAUAGAUCAACCGCCGUCACUAUAGAUUGGCAAAAAAUUAGAAUUCAAGAGGAUGCCGACCAAAAGGAAUCAAGUGGUAUACCAAAAGCAUUUGAAUGUGAAAUCACCGAUGAAAUGGUUGAAACUAUUGUACCUGGCGAUAUUGUGACCAUUAGUGGUGUUGUAAAAGUAUUAAGAGCAGAGGAAACAGGUUUUCAAAAUCAAAAUAAACCUGUUUUCCUCAUUUAUAUAGAUGUAAACUCUAUAGAUUCCCCAAAGAGAACUAGUGGCAAUGGAGGAAAGAUUGAAACUACCUCCUUCUCUUUAAAGGAUAUGUAUGGUAUUAAAGAGAUUGCUGAACAUCCAAAUAUUUUCAAAUUAAUUUCAAAUUCAAUUUGUCCAACCAUCUAUGGGCAUGAAUUGGUUAAAGCAGGUUUAACAUUGGCUUUGUUUGGUGGUAGUCCAAAUAGAAGUAGUAAUGGAUCCGACAAGAAUAAACUAUCAAUUAGAUCGGAUCCACAUGUUUUAAUUGUUGGUGAUCCUGGUUUAGGUAAAAGUCAAAUGUUAACAUCGAUCUAUCAUUUAUCACCUCGUGGUGUUUAUGUUUGUGGUGGCUAUUCAAGUACAACAGGUUUAACUGUAACAUUGUUAAGAGAAAAAGGUUCAGGUGAUUUUGCAAUUGAAGCUGGUGCUUUGGUAUUGGCGGAUCAAGGUUGUUGUUGUAUAGAUGAAUUCGAUAAGAUGACAGAUGAACAUCCUGCUCUACUCGAAGCAAUGGAACAACAAUCGGUUAGUAUUGCAAAGGCUGGUAUUGUUUGUAAUUUACCAGCUCGUACAUCUGUAGUUGCUGCUGCUAAUCCAGUCGGGGGUCAUUAUAAUCGUGCAAAGACAGUUUCAGAAAAUAUCAAAAUGAGUGCACCACUACUCAGUAGAUUCGAUUUAAUUUUCAUUUUAAUGGAUAAACCAAACACUGAAAAGGAUCAUAUUAUCUCUCAUAAUAUUUUAAAUCUUCAUUCAAAUGGAUCAGGCGUUAAAAAAAGAAAACCUCAACAAUCAUCAUCAUCAUCCUCGGCAACAACAAAUUCAUCUCAAUAUACUCAUGAAGAAGAUCAUGAUAAAUCAUUACCAUUAAAACAAAAAUUAUUAAUAACUCAUGGUCAAGAGAUUAAUUUAAUUCCAACAGUUAUCCUUAGAAAAUAUAUAAGUUAUGCAAAGAAAUAUGUUUCACCAAGACUUUCAGAAGAGGCAAUUAAAGUUAUACAAAAAUUUUAUUUAGAACUUCGUUCAAAAUCUACAGGUUCUGAUUCAAUGCCAGUUACAACUCGUCAAUUGGAAUCAUUAAUUCGUUUAGCAGAAGCAAGAGCAAAACUUGAAUUACGUGAAACCGUUACAGAACAAGAUGCAAUCGAUAUCGUAGAGAUUAUGAGAGAUUCACUUUUGGAUACUUUUGAAGAUGAACAUGGUAAUAUUGAUUUUAGAAGAGCCACUGGUAUGAGUAAAAGUGGUUUAUCUAAAAAAUAUAUUUCAAUUUUCAAUAAAGAAGCCUCAAAAACUGGUACAUCAACUUUUUCAAAACAAGAACUCUUACAAAUUGUUAAAGAAUAUAAAUUACCUUUUGAAAAUUUUAAUGAUGUUUUAGAAGGUUUAAAUAAUCAAGGAAUGAUUUUAAAAAGUGGUAAUAAUAAAUAUACAAUUACUAGAUAA